GCCCCAACGCCAACAGCACGCCGGAGCGAGACGAGCCAUAUGGCGUAUACAAAUCGCGGGAGGUCACGUGACUAUCCGCAUUCAAUUCAGUGUUGCAUGUCCGAAUGUCCGGAAGUUGCCACUACGCGUACGCUCUUCGUCCAGACCAGCCCUAGAUCAUCUACAUACAUAUACCUUCUAUCGAGGCACCAUAGUGGCUGGUGGACGAGCUGUGCCCGAAAAGUAAGCUUGCAACAUGGGUCAUAAGAGAAAAUCCAGUACGGACCAAAAACUCGCUCAGACCGUCAAAUGUCUCUCGGCGGACUGCGUGAGCAGGCUGCAAUACCCAGAAUAUUGGACCAAGAAUACGAAGUGGAGCAUCAAUAAUCUCGUAGACCACAUCGGCGAACACUCACCCCAGACAGAUUGGUGGGAUGACGAGGCCAACCUGAGGCGAGACAUAUUGAGCGAGCUGUCCAUCCUACGGGGCGGAUGUACUGGGAAGGGGUACCUGUCCGACAUUGAAAAAUUAAGGCAGACGAUGAAGUCCAAUAAGGGUCAAAAGAUUUUCCAAGAGCACAUUGCUGGGGAGCCUUUCCGCCUCAUCGUCGCGUCUGCAAGAGUCGAAAAAUCAUACGAGCGGGCGGGAAUCAAGGCGAAGCGGGCGAAGCUGUCGGUUCUGGCAACGCGAGAGGCCUCCAACGAAGUGAGGGACAUGGCAAUCCCUGAAGCCGACGUUCCACACUCUUCUGAAGAGACAGAUGACGAUAUCGAUGCGGAUGACGCUGGGCCGACGGCGGAGGACCCCGUCUCCAGUUCUACUCCCUUCAAAGGCCGCCGUGCCUCAACUUCGUAUGUCACACCCUGCAAGCCAGUAGUACCACGGGAACUUUGUCAGUUUGCCAAUGACCUCGACCAUCUGUGCGAAGGAUGGACGCUUCCCAUGCAUAAGCUCGUCGAGGACAUCAGAAAGGUGGCGGUGGCGCAUCGGAAAGGUGAUUUCCCACCGCUCAGUAUCCAGGUUGCAGAGGCGUUGACAGUAAACAUACGAAGCUCCAACUGGCCGCGCGAUAGCGAGCAUGGGGCUUUCGCGCAAUAUGUGCUCGAACACUAUGUCCACAUUUAUCAUCUGACAGCCCUCGGGGAUGUCAGUUUCCAGAAUGCCGAGAGGAAGUUCGUGGUUGAAUCAAUCUCAUAUACUUUCUUCGCUCUUGAACGCAUCUUCGGUGUGGCAGAGACCAUUUGGUUGGAAAGAUCGUCCGUCACCGUACAGCAGGCAGCAUUCCAACCCCAGCAAAGGGAAGUUGACAGCCAGACAGGCAAAGUGACGUAUGUCUCGCACGGCAAGGAAAGAUGGCUGGAUGGCGAGAAGGGCGGCGCCAACUUUGAUGUACUCGUCCGAGCUCGAGGAACCAUCGGUGAUUUUGUGCUGGUCGAAAUCUCCGGGUCGCAGCUCACUCUCCAGCACACGUUACACCCGCUGGAGGACGCAGAGAAACUCGAUGUCCAAGCAAAAUUGCUUUUGAAAGGCCGACUGAUGAGACAUGCCAGGAUCCCGGGCAGCCAAGCAAAGUUGAUGCAAGUCCUGACUAUUCAGGCAAUUGGCGGGACCUUGACCGUCUUAGGAUACCACCUCCAAGCCCCACAAGAGGUUGCCGUGACAGAGUUGAUGUCGUUCAUGGUCCCCAUGUCUAAAGACCACCAUCACCAAGCGAAGUUACAGCUGGCGUUGGGCUGGUUCCUUAAGAUCCGCUGCGAGGCCCUCAAAGCUGUUGAGCAAGAUAUGCUAGCGGCGCGACCCGGGGUUGAGGGUGAUACCAUUCGGGACUGGCUGUUUUGAACGGUUGUUGGCGGGGUUGACUUUCGAGAUUGAUAGCUUCAUGCGAAUGUCCGUGCAUGUUCGAGUUUUCCAAAAUUCGGAAACCUUCUGAUAGUGCCGAAGGAUAGUGCUGAAUGAUAUACAAAAAAGCAGCGAUUAGAAUGCUCGUACAUGUUACCAAAAGCCGUCUAUUUCCAAAACCGGAUUCGCAACAACAACCGCACUCCUCCUUCAUCGCCGACCCACUCCGCUCG